AUGAGCCUUACGCAAGAGCAGGUUGUGCGCCUCGCCCCCGGCGGCGCCAACUUCCGUCAAUGGUACACGGCUCUCAAAGCCGAGAUUUACAAAGAUGGCGGCCGCCGCUACUUGCUCGCGACCGACCGUCUCGAGAUCCCCGACUACGACCUCGACCGCGACUUGUACUACGCCAGCCUCAUCGGCUCCUUGGUCGACGACACGCAACUCAAGUACGUCGAAGUCUCGCGCGCCGACGAGCAGCACCCGACCCGCGUCUUUACCAACUACGCGCUACUCGGGCUGCGCAACGUGUGCGCCGGCACGCUCGCGGACCGCAUGGCUCUACGCGGUGAGCUUGGUGCCUUCGCCUGGGACGAAGCGACGGAUUACGACACCAACGCCGGUCGAUUUCAGCGCCUCCUCGCACGCCUCGAAGCAGCCAACGACACGACGUCGGAAGCCGACCGGAUUCUCGAUUUUCUGCACCGCGUUCCGCAUCGCUUCUUCACGACCGAGGUCAACGCGAUCCUCACGGCGCUCACGUAUGAUCCUGAGCGCUACCAAACGCUGGACAGCGUCGUGCAGCAGAUCCGCGAGUACGCCAAGCGCGAGAGCCAAGCCAACGGCCGCGCAAGCUCGACUGCAGCCCAGCACGGCAACGCAGCGUUUCAGACCUCGAGCGAGCCCCGGGCCACAUUGCACGCGACUGUCGCAACAAGCAGGCGGACAUCAAGCGAGGCGUCGUCCAAGAAGCUCGUUUACCACGCGACCGCUUUGCGCGGCCACGUAAGAGCGGCAGAGCUCGUCGAGACCCAGCCAACCAAGCUCGUCGUGUCGCAGCCUCGCAGUUUCUUGCCAAUGAAGCGCCACACGACGGCACGAUCUCGACAGCCGCCAGCGUCCUAAGCGCGCCGCCUCCGCACCUCGUACUCGACAGCGGUGCGUCGUCGCAUAUGACAAACGAUCUCUCUCUCCUCCACGAUGUUCACCCGGUGCAACGUACGGUUCACAUGACCGACGGACAUAUCGUUCACGUCACGCAGGCCGGCACGCUGCGCGUACGCGGAC